GGAACAGUGCAAAAGGGGAGCCUCGGCUCGGAGAAGGUACGAGAGUAAAUACAUAAGGAGCGGCCCUAAAAUAAAGGUAGCGGCAUAUCCCGGCAGCGAGAAGACUACUGAGCUGUAAAUUAAAGGGAAGAUAAUUUCUGCUCGUGGAGGAAAAGAAACGCGAAUAACCUCAAUGGAAGACUCUCAGGAUCUAAGUGAACAGUCAGUAAAGAAACCGUGUACAGAGUCAGAUGGUUCAGAGACGCAGAAUCCCAGGUCUAUGGAAAUGCAGGAUCUAGCCAGUCCUCAUAAUCUUGUUGGAAGUAGUGAUGCACCAGGUAGUUCCAAACUGGAUAAGUCUAGUCUUAGUAGCACAUCAGUUACAACAAAUGGAACAGGAGUGUCUCUUCUUGCAGUCAAAACAGAACCCAUGAACAACAGUGAAACAACAACAACAACUGGAGAUGGAUCGCUUGACACUUUUACUGGGUCAGUAAUAACAAGCAGUGGCUACAGUCCAAGAUCGGCGCACCAGUACUCUCCGCAAAUAUAUCCGUCCAAGCCCUAUCCACACAUUCUUUCUACACCAGCAGCUCAAACAAUGUCUGCCUAUGCCGGACAAACCCAGUAUUCAGGAAUGCAGCAACCAGCGGUCUAUACAGCCUACUCACAGACAGGACAGCCCUACAGCUUACCCACUUACGAUUUGGGUGUAAUGUUGCCAGGCAUCAAGACAGAAAGUGGGCUCUCGCAGACCCAAUCACCACUGCAGAGUGGGUGCCUCAGUUACAGCCCGGGGUUUUCGACCCCACAGCCAGGCCAAACACCCUACUCUUAUCAGAUGCCAGGUUCUAGUUUUACACCGUCGUCCACUAUUUACUCAAACAAUUCUGUUUCGAAUUCCACAAACUUCAGUAGUUCCCAACAGGAUUAUCCAUCAUACACAGCUUUUGGCCAAAAUCAAUAUGCACAGUAUUACUCAGCAUCAACAUAUGGUACAUAUAUGACCUCAAACAACACGGCUGAUGGCACUUCAUCAUCAUCAUCAACCUACCAGUUACAGGACUCUCUCCCUGGCUUGACUAGUCAACCAGGGGAGUUUGACACAGUGCAGAGCCCCUCCACGCCAAUUAAAGAUCUCGAUGAGAGAACGUGUAGGAGUUCUGGGUCGAAGUCUAGGGGUAGAGGACGGAAGAAUAAUCCAUCACCCCCUCCGGACAGUGACUUGGAGCGUGUAUUUGUUUGGGAUUUGGAUGAAACAAUCAUAGUUUUUCAUUCACUGCUUACAGGAUCCUAUGCACAAAAGUAUGGCAAGGAUCCACCAAUGGCAGUGACGCUUGGACUGAGAAUGGAAGAAAUGAUUUUUAAUCUUGCUGACACACAUUUAUUUUUUAAUGAUUUAGAGGAGUGUGAUCAAGUUCAUAUAGAUGAUGUUUCUUCUGAUGAUAACGGACAAGACCUAAGUACCUACAGUUUUGCAACUGAUGGCUUCCAUGCAGCUGCAAGUAGUGCAAACCUUUGUCUGCCAACAGGUGUAAGAGGAGGGGUUGACUGGAUGAGGAAGCUGGCUUUCCGUUACAGAAGAGUAAAAGAGUUGUAUAAUACUUACAAGAACAACAUAGGAGGACUCCUGGGUCCCGCUAAAAGAGAUGCAUGGUUGCAAUUAAGAGCAGAGAUUGAAGCUUUGACAGACUCCUGGCUAACAAAUGCACUUAAAUCAUUAUCAAUUAUCAGCACAAGGAGUAAUUGUGUAAACGUAUUGGUAACAACGACCCAGCUUAUCCCAGCACUUGCAAAAGUUCUACUAUACAGUUUAGGAGGAGCUUUUCCUAUUGAAAAUAUUUACAGUGCAACCAAAAUAGGCAAAGAGAGCUGUUUUGAGCGUAUAGUGUCCAGAUUUGGCACUAACAUAACUUAUGUUGUGAUUGGAGAUGGCCGAGAUGAGGAACAUGCAGCUAAUCAGCACAACAUGCCUUUCUGGAGGAUAUCCAGUCAUUCGGACCUCUUGGCUCUCCAUCAAGCACUGGAACUAGAGUAUUUGUAACUGUGUUCUAAAGUUGGCGAUCCUUUUUUUUAUAUAUAUAUUUCAAGUACACUGAAUUUUUAUGUGUGAUUCAAUGCCUCUGGCUUUACACAUAUGAAUUGUCUUAAGAAGGGAAGAAAUAUUUGGAAUUAAAAAUUCCAAAUUGAAGAAUUCAGAUUGCUGAAUGAAGUUAAAACAUUAGUGCUACAUAAGGAAGCUCUAUGGUCUUAUAUAUGCAACAUUUUUAAAUGAAUUAAAACUGUGGAGGUUGCUGGUACACACCAAGUGAGCCCUGACAGGAGUGAACAAAGGACUCAAACUGGCAAAGCACCAAAAUGCGUUUUCCAGCCAACAAGGUGGUGUUCAACAACAUUCCUCAAAAUGGGAUAUAUUCUCAGCACUGAGGUUUGAACCAGACUUUAGCCUACCUAACCCAGAAAAUCUGAAUUGGAAUGCACUCAGACUGUAUAAUGACAAUCCUGUCUAGACCUGUAAUUUGUGUAAAUUAUUGAUGAAAAUAAUUUACUGUGACUUUGUUAGCAGCUGAUUUUGGAAGUGGAUGCAAUUUUUCUUUCUUUUGGGGGUGCAGGGGAGGGAAAGGGUUAUAUAAUAUUGUCUCUUUUAUAAGUUUGGCAAACAGAAUGUCAUAAUGAUGUGUUGUGCCUUAAAGAGAAGAUUGUGUUCGUGUGUUAUAAUGUAAUUUUGGUUAAAAACUCUGUAGAUAAACAAAGAAAAACCUUCGUGGUAAUUUUUGACAUGACCAAAUUUGAAAUUCAAGGAAAUCAAAGAGCAGAGCUGCACCAAAACAUUUAAGUAUUUGCUGCAGUAAGAAAAAAAUAAUAAAGGAAAGUUUGUGUUUUUAUUUGGA